AUGUCGGACGCAUCGCCGAACACGCCCACACACCUAGAACCUCCCAGCAAGACCACCGAGCUGGAAGACCCAGGAGCUGAAGACACCGCUUCCAACAGUGACGAUGACCACUUCUCAGAUGCCAGCGAAGGCCAUGCAUAUUUACAAUCAAGCCCACAAUCUGGCAACACUUCCCCUGUCCCGCGCACACGAGUAGAGCGGGUCGACUCCAGCGCCCAGCAUGGUAAAACCCCUGGGACCACCGCAUAUGACAAAAUGGAGCAGGAUGCUGUUCCCGACGAAAUUGAAAUUAUACCCGAGGACGUGCAGAGCAAAGACCAAGCUGUGGCGUGGUCGCAGGAUCGAUCCGUCACCCCGGACGGCUCGUCAAUCCCGCACACAGUGGUGGAAAAGACAGACCCCGAUGAACCAAGCUUUGGGGAGGUUCCAGGGACAGAAGCAUAUGAAAAACGGCGAGCUGACGCAGUGCCUGACAUGGUGACCACAGCACCGGAUUCUGAGAAUAAUACGUCCUCACCACCGUCGGAACACGGUUCUACAGACACCGACUCUACCACUCAACCACUUCCUGAAACACGAGUCACCCCGGUGGAAGAUAUGCCCGCAGGGGAAGAAUUACCAUCAAGGCCAAGAGCCCAUCAAAAAUCCCCGAGUGAUGCAGAGCCGGACGUUGUCGAACCAGUCGAGCAUGCGCCAGAACCGACGUCACAAUAUAAUCCAGUUGAAGAGGAGGUCGUGGAAACAAAUGAUGCCGACGAUUUUGGAGAUGACUUCGACGAAUUCGUCGACGAAAAUGAAGCAAUGCCAGACGACGACUUUGGAGACUUUGAUGACUUCGACGACGGGUUUCAAGAGCCAAGUGCAGACACUACAGAGGUUCUCCCUCCACAGCCUGCCGCCCCUCCAUCUGUGCCAUCCCUUAUAGAUUUCGACGUCUUCAAAUCCACAUCCGACCUCCUUUCAUCCCUCCAGGGCACUCUCGACAACCUCCUCCCCGCCUCAAAAGACCUCAACUCACUACCGCCCGUGGACCCAAUCCCCGACUCAGCCGCAAUCUUCAGCACAGAACGAUCCCUUUCUCUCUGGUCCCAACUCGUCGCUCCACCCCCACUCCAACCACAAAACUGGGUGAAAUCCCGCAUCCGCCGCCUCUUCCUCGUCAGUCUCGGUGUCCCGGUAGACUUGGACGAGAUUCUCCCAGCCUCAAAACAGAAAAAACUUAUCCUCCCCUCCAUCGACCUCGAGUCAGGCUCCACUACACCCGCCGCACGCUCACGUAGCCAAGGCCGUGCAGAAGGCGACGGGACAAACAAUAAUGAUCCGAAUAGUAGUAGCGCAGCCGCAACGGGGCAGGCCCCCUCUCGAUCGAAGACCAUGCGGAGGGGUGCACCCCCGCCACCUGGUUUGGAUCUCUCGGCUGUGCGGCGCUUGUGUGCCACUACGGAUGCGGCUUUGGAUGGAUUAACAGAUGGGGAGUUGAAGGGCCAUGUUCAGGAGCUGGAGAGCUUUACAUUGCGAGCCAGUGAGGUUUUGGAAUAUUGGCUUAAGAGGAGGGAUGGCUUGGUUGGUGAGAAGGAAGCCUUUGAAGGCGUUAUUGAGAAUCUGGUCAGUCAUGUUCGGAGAGUCAGGAAGUAA